CAGUACUCUCUCUUUUUCCCACUUGCUUCCUCCGUACCUCCAAAACCUCUCUUUGAGGCUAGCUCUCUCUUCUCUUCUCUUCGUGGUUGUGGAGGAGCAUGGAGGCUGCUCAAGAGGAAGCCAUCCUGAGGUCUAAGGAGAAUAAUACCCACGUCGUGAUCAAAGGGAAGCGCACCAAGCGCCAAAGGCCUCAAUCCCCUAUUCCCUUAAUUCCCUCGAUCACUGCUAAUUCAACCAGUCAUGUAGACCCAGAUGGAGAAGGAUGCGGCGGCGGCGGCGGUUGCGAUGGUGGUGAUCAAAGUAAUGAUAUCGCUAAUGACAAUAUGACCAGCUUCUCUCCUGCCACUUCGGCUGAAAUACUACAAGAGAGCACCGAGGAAGAAGAGGACAUGGCCAAUUGCCUUAUCCUUCUUGCUCAAGGCCAAUCCCGGGAGUCCCCGAAACAAGUCGAAGAAGAUCAUGCUGAUGGCGGUGGCGGUGUUUAUAAGUUUAACAGUCGAAGAUUCUUAGAGGCGGCAGCCACCGGCACGGGCAAGGCCGGGUAUUAUGUUUACGAGUGCAAGACUUGCAACAGGACCUUCCCUUCCUUCCAAGCGCUAGGUGGGCACAGGGCUAGUCACAAGAAGCCUAAGGCCGCGGCCAUGUCCGCCGAGGAAAAGUCAUCGAAGCAAUUCUUGUUAUCCUCGGAUGAAGAAGAAGCACAGUUCAAGAAGAAUGAUCAUCUCUCAUCUAUAUUUUUCCAAUCCAGUAGUAGAGGUUUGUGCGGCCAUAAUAGGUCUAACAAGGUUCACGAGUGCUCGAUUUGCGGGGCGGAAUUCACGUCCGGGCAGGCCUUAGGUGGCCAUAUGAGACGGCACAGGGCACCUAUUACUGGUAACAAAUUCAAUACCACUUUGACCUUUACUCCUCCACCAAUGGCGCCCUUGGAGCCAGAUCAGGAACCCAAGAAGCCAAGACGUACGGUGAUAUCGUUGGAUUUGGAUCUCAACCUUCCGGCCCCAGAAGAUGAUCACCGGGAACCCAAAUUCCCAUUUGCAACAAAGCAGCAGCAGCAACAACAACAACAACAAAAACAACAGCAACCACCUAUUGUCUUCUCCGCCAGGACUUUGGUGGACUGUCACUACUAAAAAGGAUCAGCGAAGCUGUGUUCUGAAAGGCCUAUAAUUCAUGAAAAGUGCAUGAUCGGCGCCUUUUUCGUCUUCUUUUGAUUGGUUUUUGGCUCUUUUUCAGUGGGAAGGAAUGUGAUAAACACUUUUAGAGAAUUAAAAAAAAAAAGGUGUUCGGUUUGGGUGUCAACACUCACCACCUCAAGCAACAAGACAUGGUUUAGGUUUCAUUGUUUCAAUAACAAGAAAGCCAGAUCUCUCUCUCUCUCUCUCUGUGACAUCGCAUAUAUUAGCCAGUGACAAGAAUAGAAUAAAAGAAUAGAAAGCCAGUAAGUAACUGCAAUUCCCACAUGAAUCCACUUAUUGUCCUUUCCUUUUUUCUCUUUCCAUAACAAAGUGAUACUAAAGAAAUGCUCUUAUCUACCUAUUUUUGUUCUUUUCUUUGUUUGGUCCACCUCUCUGUUAGUUAACACCCUACUCAUUUACACCGAAGCAAACCUCUGCUG